AGACGAAGGUGUGUAAUCAGUAAUCGCUUCAAUAUUCUGUGCUUUAAUCACAGAGGUGAGAACGAAAAAGUCAACAGCCAACAAUAUUAUUACAACAGUAAUACUUACAAGUUACAAUACGGACACAAUAAAUACUAGAUAAUAUACAGUAUACACUACACAAACGAGUAACGAUAUUAGAAGAAUACGUAAACAUAAAUCAUGAUCUCUCGCUAUAGUGACGUUAGCUGAUCAAUAAAAAUUAUCGUGGUCUCCAGUCUUCACAGUUUGCAUCUGUUCCUUUCACACACAUCGGAGGUGUGGAAAUGCAUUUGAAAUGGAAGCCUACUAUAUGUGGGAGCGUGUCCAUUUAACCGAGGACAUGGGUCGGUCGUGCAGCUCCUGUGACUGUGUCACAUAUUCGUAUUUUUUGAUAUCCGUGUUCCUAUUCACAUUGGGCUCCAUUAUAUCGGUGUUCUCGUUCGGAGCAUUUGAUGACACUGUCUUUGCCAACUUGGGCCAUAUGUGGAUGGUUGGACCGCUAUGCAUCUGUUCAGCCGUUAUGAUUGGUAUCAGGAAUGUAUUGUACUUACGUAGGCGCCGCAUUAUUGACAUGGUCAUCCGCCAGCAGAUAGAGGACAUACGAUCUCAACAGGGGCAGUUGACGGACACUCAACAACAGUAUUCGUUACCAAUACGCACUGUGAGUGAACUUACCUUGCCCCCGUCUUAUGAACAGUUGAUUGGCAACCCCAGCGAAGAGGGGAGUGACCUACCACCACCGUCAUAUGAAGAAGCAAUAGUUAGCAUGUCCAAGGAAUCUACUAAAAGUGAUAAUAUUAUCGUCCUUAAUUAUUCUAUUAAAUGAUCUUGCAAAUAUAUCUUAAUUGUGGAGGUGUAUGAUGGAAAUAAUUACAUUAUCAAUGAGAACAUUGUUCCAGAAAACUUAUUUUCUACUCUGGACAUAACAUUUUUCUUGAAAAUAAUCAGCCAAUUGAAACGUUGGUGUAAAUUACAAUUGUUUUUUUAAAUUAAAUCUAAAUCGAUAAUACCUACCAAAAAUAAAAAUAUAAUCCUCGGUCAUUUGUAAAUAAUUAUCUUUUACAUUCAAUAGAUUUUGUUCUUAAUAUUGUCUGUAUGAAUGUAACUUAAUGACAUACUUGUUAUACAAAUAUAUUGGAGACAUGUAUACUUAGGAAAAUUAUCAACAUUUUAUUCAGAAUUAUUUUUGUUUUAUAAAGUUAUUUCAUAAUUUGUUAUCUCAUUCGAGACUUGAGAGAACAGUUUAUUAUUAUUAGGUUUUAAAAGGUCUGAUUUCAAAUUUGUAUUUAAGGAUGAUAUGACUGGUUAUGUAUUAUUAGGAUUUAGAAACUUAAAAAAUGUAAGUUAAAUUGUUACUUCAUUAUUGUAGAUAAAUCAAUACAAUUUUCUAUUUAUCUUGACAUAAGUAAAAUAAUUUAGCUUUAUAAGUAUUAUUGCACAAUGUCGAGUAUAAUAUUUUUGAAUGUAUUUUGAAAGACAGUAUUAAUAAUUAGAGAUAAUAGAAAAGAUCACUAAAUUAAAUGUAUACUAAUGAAUACGUAUGUGAUUAUUAUAUAAAAUUAAUUUUUAAAAUCAGUAUUAUAAACAAUUAAUAGACUUGUCAGUCUUAAGAAUAAAAAAAUAUGUUCAAAUUUUGUUUUCAAUUACUUUUUUAGAUUGAGUUAUCAUCAUUGUUUUCUGUGAUUAAUGAUCUGAAAAAUUCUAAUUUAAGACUAAAUAUUCAUAAUUAAACUCUAGAAAGUACUUAAUUUUUUAAGUUGCUUACUGUUUAUUUAUUUAUCCAUAUAAAAUUGAAUAAUUUUCCUUAAUAAGCAUGAUGUCCUAGAGCUGAUAAUUAUGAUACAUUAUAAGGAAAAUUAAUUUUCUGUAUAAUAAAUCUAAAUUAAUUAUAUAGUUAAUUUUAAUUUUAAUUAUUUCCUUAAAAGUUAAGACAAACAUGAACCAAGGAAAUCAUUAACAAUAGAUGAUAAGCUUUUUGAAGUUAAUUGUUAAAAAAGAAUGUUAAAAGUCAAUAAAGUUUAGUCAAUUAAUUGAUUAGAAUUAAUAAUGAAAUAUAUUAUUAAUUAAAUAUUUAAAUAAAAUAUAUACUAGAUAUUAAUAGUAUACUAUUAUCUAUUAGUUAAAUACUGAACGGUUAUCUUUAAAAUAAAAUACUGUAUUAUGCAGAAAUCAAUUUCUCUUUCCUUUUGUAUGUCUUAUAUCUACAAUCUACAUUUAUCAAUUUGUCAAUAAUAUGAUUCCAUAAUUAUGUUCUCUAUUUAUUUAUUUUGAGAUUCCCAUCGUUAGAGUAACCAUAUUAUUUCUCCAUGUAUACUGAAUUUAUAAAAAUGUACCAACCAAUAUUUUUAUAGAAAAUGGUCCCAAGCAAUAUCUCCUCAAGAUGGUUCUAAUAUUGAUUUAACCAUGUUCUCAUUUUAUUUAAAAAUAAUACUAUUUAUUAUUAAUAUUUUUACAGUUAACUAGUCUUCCCGUAUUGUUGUGUCAUUAACUAUAUCAUUUUGGAUACAAAAAUCAUUAAUGUAGAAUGUAGAUUAACUAGCUGGUAAUACCAUUAAUUAAUACUGAAAUCUUUCAGCAUUACAUCCAAUUCUAUGAAGUAUUAACAGUUUGUUAUUAUCAAUGUACUAUGUAUAACAAAAAACAGUGUACGAAAUAAAUAAAUAAUAGUUCUUAGGUUGCUUAUGAGGGUAUAUACUAUACUAUGCUAUUUUAAUAAUAAUAUAAUAUUAGUUUUAUUUUUUUUUAUUUGAUGUACAUCUCUUUAUAAGUGAUGCUUUUUUUUCUAGCAUACAAUUUAUAAUUUCCUAUAUCAAACUAACAUAGCUAUUAAAAGAGUAUUGUUCUCACGGUUUUUUUCUUUUUGCUAACUAAUCUUGUAUAAACCAUGAUAAAAUAAUAAGUCGAUUGCUUUAAAAAUAAUUUAUGUAACAGUUGGGAUAUUGUAAUUAAUAAAUUAAUUGCUAAUUUUAUAUUAUAACUAACUGAUUUAAUCAUUUUUAUUUUCUAUUAAUCUCACUUAGUAAUAAUAUUUUUGUUGUCAUUGUUAUUACUCAAUAAUUAAUAUUAACAAAUGUGAUCACUGUGUAAUAAUUUUACCUAGUUGGCAAUUGUGAUAUUUAUUUAUAAAUAAAUUUAUGUAUAUUAUAUAAUACACGCAUGUAGUAUUAUAAAAAAAAAUGUUUGAACAUGUACUUAUGAAAUAAAUAAAACAAUUAACAUGUAAAAUUGUAUUUGUGAUUACUGAUUACAGAUAAUUUUUAAAAUUAUUAAAUCAAACCCUAUUAGAUAUAUAUUUAUUUUUCUUCUGUAUUUGAAAUUUAAAUUGAAUUCUAGUUUACAUAAUAUAAUGUUGAAAAUAAAAAUAAGAAUAUGAAGGAGAGCUAUGUUGGCCAUAUUAAAUGGCGUUAUAGUUUCAAGACAAAAUUGUAUUUAUUGUUUAUACAAAUACAAAAAAAAGACAA